AUGCCCUUCGAACUUGAAGAUAUUACCAAUUUAUUGCCCUUCAGGGUCCAACUCAACAUAUUUCAAUGUGGAGGCUUUGGAAUUGGUCAAUGCAUUUCUUAUAAGAUUGUUGAUGGGUUGUUGUAUUUCAUGUUCAGCAAAAUUUGGGUAGCCAUUGCUUGUGGAGAUAAAGCCAACGUAAACCCUCUGGAGUUUAUUUCAUCCACACUCUUCCCACCAAAGGACUUUAAUAUUGCAUAUGAUGGCGGCGUUGGCAUCACAAAGGACAUGGUAAUAAAGAGGUUUGUGUUUGAUGCCUUUCAAGUAGAGAACCUUCAAGAAAGAUAUGCACACAAUAUAUACUUGAAGAAAGGCCCAACACGGGUCGAAACCUUAUGUAUGGAGUCGGUUUGUGAGGGCUACAAAGGAUUGUACCAAGAAUAA